AUGUUCGUUGUUGCUGAACAGUCAGACGCCGUCCGAUCUGUAAAGAAAGGUUCCCGUUAUGUGCAUGCUGUCUCUGUUGCGACUGAUCAUCGUUUCGCUUGGGUUUCCUACGCGGCCCCUGAACACCUCCAACGGCUUUUUGAACGAGCUGGAAAAACGGAUGGAUCCACACGACCUAACAUUGGAAACAUUGAUCUCAAGUUCCUCGAAGACUCGUGCCAGAUUAUUGUCAACAACAACAAAACUCGUACAGUUUUUUGGAGAGUAGUUGACGAAAAAGUGGUUGGAUGUGAAGAUUAUUCUGAUCAAAUUGAUGAAAGACUUCAAACAAUCAUCGGAGAAGAAGAAAGGGACUCCGACGGACCGUCCAAAGUAGACAUCCCCACUGAAAACGUCGUGAUCAAAAAUGCUAGCAGAAGUGAAAUGAUAGAAAAAACAAUCGAAGACAUAUAUAUCAUGAAGGAGAUGUUUGUGUUCAAAAUUCUACGAUUGCUAGACGAUGACAGACUUUUUCAGUUUGACGAAAUUACAGAUUUUUUCAAAUCUCUAAACCAAAAACACAUCGAGCGUGUUGAACUGAAUGGCUGGUCUCCAAAACAACUGAAGAAACUAUUCAAAUGCUUCGAGAGAAUUAGCUGUCUGAAAUUAAAUAUGUGUUUCAACAAUUAUGUAUCUGUUCGAGAAUUCGAUCGUUCAGUCUCUGCGUAUAAGAACAAUGACAGUGACGACGAAAAAGGAGAUGAUGAUGACGUGAUCGUUGAGGAUGAAACAGAUGAAGACGACGACCGUUUUGAUGGUAUUCUAUUUGGUUCGGAUGGUGCUGUUUCCCAGGUGGAUGACAUUCAAUUGACUGGCUCUGGCUUUCUCGAGUUAAAGCAAUUGGAAAACCUGAAUUUUGUUCGAGGUAUCUUUUAUAUGAACAUGACGACUUCCUGUAUACGAACGUUUUUGCAAAAUUGGAAAGAAGGAAAGUCUCAUCGCAGAAUGAAAGCAUGCAAGUUUGUUUUCGAAGGUGCUCGACCGCCAGUUCUCGAAGAUUUAGAAGAAGAUGGUCGAAUCAUCAAUACAGAAGGAAUGGCGGCAGAAUUGUCAAUAAAAAUUAGAAUGGCUAAAAUUGAAAUGCAUAUUGUUGUUGUUCCUAACAAUAUUUAA